AUGCGAACGGCUAUACUUCUUACCGCCGGGUGGGUGGCGUCUGGAGUCCAAGCCGGUGUUGUUCCGACUGUGGAUGGAGUUUCUCCUACGUUUCUCUUCGACAAGAGAUUAGAGGUUUCGAAUAGCAGUGCUGAACACAAGGUUCUCGAGGCCGACCUCUGGGCUACCAAUGCCGGUAUCGUGCAACGGGCAUAUCAAUCUUCCACAAAACCUUCACAGUGGAAGAAGUGCCACUCGGGGAACCUCGUCGUAAGGCAGGAAUGGUCGACCUUCUCGAAGCCGCAGAAAAAGGCAUACAUCGCUGCCGUCAAGUGUCUUUCGAGGUUACCUCCGAAAACUCCGAAGGAUGUGUGUCCUGGUUGCCAGAACCGCUACGACGACUUCCUCGCCACUCACAUUCAGCAGUCGUUCACGAUUCACGGUACUGGCAACUUCCUCGCCUGGCACCGCUGGUUCGUGUACGCGUACGAGAAGACCCUUCGUGACGAAUGUGGAUAUAAGGGAACGCAGCCCUACUACAACUGGCCGCGAUGGUCCGAUGACCCCGAGAAAUCGCCCGCCCUGGAUGGGUCUGACACGUCGAUGAGCGGCAAUGGUGUUUUGGGAUGCACCAACCAGACUUCGUAUGGCGUUCCGUCGAAUGCCGCUCCUUUGAUUAGCAUUCCUCAUGGAACUGGAGGUGGUUGUGUCGCCUCGGGACCUUUCAAGGACUGGCCUGUCAACCUGGGGCCCAUCUCUUCUGAUCUGACCUGCACGCCUCCCAAUCCAAUUACUGAUGUUACCAGUCCCCAGCUUGGGCUCGGAUACAAUCCUCGGUGCCUGAAACGGGAUAUUUCUCCAUGGACCUCGAGGCAGUGGAGCAACGACGAGCAAGUCGUCAAGCUGCUCAAGAGCCCGGAUAUCAAGACCUUCUGGGCCGACAUGCAAGGUGGUGAGAAGACGUUCACGAACAACUUCAUGGGCGUGCAUACCGCUGGGCAUUUCACGGUCGGCGCUGAUCCUGGUUCUGACUUUUUCGCCUCUCCCGGUGACCCUUGGUUCUACUUGCACCACGGGCAAAUUGAUCGUGUGUGGUGGACAUGGCAGAACACCAAGCCUGAGGAGCGCACAAAUGCGUUGUACGGUACCAUUGUGAUUGUGGAUCCUACGGCGCCGGCGACGAAGCUCAACGAUACGAUAUCGCUGGGCUAUGCGUUCGCGGAAAACAUUACGAUUGCGGAGACGAUGAGUACGAUGGCCGGGCCGUUUUGCUACACAUAUGUCUAG